AUGGCACCCGGAGCCGGUGAUGCCCCGCCUUCGGGUGUAACGACGGAUGAUCCCCUUGUCUGGAUCGAUUGCGAGGUAAAGUUUUCCGAUCUUGUCUUGAUUUGGGGCCACGAAGCUUGCUCGCAGACUUGCGGCAAGGGGGCGGCAACCCUACCGGCUACAUGGCUGAACCCUGAUACGGAGGAGAUCAUGGAGAUAUAUUGCAUCAUCACAACGGGCAAUCUAGAAAUAAUAGAUCAAGAAGGGUACCACGCAGUCAUUCACUGUCCAGCCUCCCGAUUGGACCAGAUGGAUGAAUGGUGUACUCAAACACACGGCAACUCUGGUUUAACCGCCGCCGUCCUGGCAUCGUCGACCACACCCGAGCAAGCUGCCGAGGGGCUGUACAAUUACAUCACGAGAUUUAUACCCGAGAAGCGCAAAGCCCUACUGGCCGGGAAUAGCGUCCAUGCAGAUAGGGCGUUUCUGCGAAGGGAGCCUUAUGCCAAGGUCAUUGAUCACUUGCACUACCGCAUCUUGGACAUAAGUGCCAUCAAGGAGGCUGGCAGAAGAUGGUGUUCGCGGGAGAUUAUGGCUCAAGCACCGGCCAAGAAGGGAAGGCACCUGGCUAGAGAUGAUAUUCUAGAGAGUAUCGAAGAGGCCAGACCGCUGAUUAUGAGCCUGAAUUCAUCUACUGUCGUCAACGGGCCCAUCUAA